AUGAAUCAAAGUCUUGAGCAUCCAUUUUGGGACAAUCGACCAUCAAGUACGUCAUGCAUCUUUGCAGCCUGUUUUUCUAUAUUUUUCAUCCUCGUCGGAUGUGUCGGCAAUGGACUGACGAUCCUGGCUCUACCAAGGUGUCGACGUCUGAGAAACGCGACAACAACUUUCGUCGUCAGUUUGGCAAUUGCAGACUUUUUGUUUUGUAUCGUCUGUCUCCCGCUCACUGCCACACGUUACAUUUAUGAGGAAUGGAUUCUGGGUCCUCAGAUGUGUACUUUGUUUCCGUUUUUUUUCUACGGCAACGUUGCUGCUUCUCUCAUGUCGAUGACAGCGAUAACAUUCAACAGGUUUGUGCUGAUCAAUUGUUAUCCUGUGUAUAACAAGAUUUACAGUAGAUUGAAUGUGGCAUUUAUGGUCGCUACCUGUUGGAUUUUCAGCUACGCCAUCCUUCUGCCAACAUUAACAGGCUACUGGGGCCGAUUUGGCUACGAUGAAGCAUCCUUUUCUUGCACGAUCUUGAAGAAUAAAGACGGGAAAUCGCCUAAAAAAUUCCUGUUUUCUUUUGCCUUUCUUCUGCCAACAGUGACGAUCGUGCUGUGCUAUUCCUGUAUAUUUUAUAAAGUCCGGAGCAGUGCUCUAAAAGUCCUGUCCCAUGAUACGCCUGGAGACAAACGAAAUUCCAGGUUUCUACCACGGAAGCGGGAUGACAUCCGAGUCACUUGUACCAUGCUUGCGAGCUUUUGUACUUUCCAAAUCUGUUUUCUUCCUCUGCUGAUUAUGAACGUUUUCGAAGAAGAUAUCAGGUAUCCCAUACUGCACAUUCUGGCCUCUGUUCUUGCAUGGAUGUCUGCUUGCUCCAACCCCUUCAUUUAUGUAUUAUUGAACAAGCAUUACAGAGAAGCAUACUUUCAGUUACUUUGCUCGUGGAAGGUUCUCAAGGCGAAUAGAAGUGUUCAGGAAAACGGAACAUUCGAUUCUUCAAGGGCACAUCAGUUACGAACAGUUUAUGGUGAAGAAAGCAAAGAAUCUCAAUUAUCUGUUUCCAGAGAUGUUGCUAUGUAA